AAACGAACCUUAAUAAAAAAAGUUCGAAAAACAGAAGAACACCAAAGCGCAAAGGAUUGUAAUUUUUCAAAAAACGAAGUAUAAAAUUAGAACUGUGAACCGCCCUUGUUUAGCUGUGAGCAUCACUGCAGGGCGUCGCCGGAGCAACCUGAGGCAGCCGCGGCACCGGAAUCGGCAACUGCUCUCUCUCUCUCUAGCGACAAGACAGAAAAGGGAAAUGUCAAGUAGGGGCAAGAGAAAGGAAGACGACUACGCCUCCGACGGCGACUCCGACGGCCAUGCACCAACCAAGAAGACCUCCAGGAGGGACGCCGAUGAUUCUGACCACGUCGUCGUCUGCGAGUUAUCGAGAAACAGGAGAGUUGCUGUUAGGAACUGGCAAGGAAAAGUGUUUGUGGAUAUUCGAGAAUUCUACGACAAGGAUGGAAAGCAAAUGCCUGGCAAGAAAGGGAUCUCACUCUCCAUGGAUCAGGUAGGGGGUGUCUAUAAUCAUGUCCAUCCUUUCAUUGUUAUUUACAUUAAUUUUAAUUUUUGCAGUAUUUUAACUUAACUUUUUCUUGUGAAAAAAGUGGAAAGUACUUCGGGAUCAUUUGGAAGAAAUUGACGAGGCAGUGAAUGAGAAUUCUUAGGACGUAUGGGUACACAUCCUUCUGUCAGAUAUUACUGAAGUGGAGAGUAUGAAGGAUCUUUUUGCCCACGCCUUUAUGGUUGCCAAAACUAGUUGGACAUAUUUGGAUAAUCCUAAGAUGUUUUGUGUUCACUUGGCUAGCUGCAAUCAUAGAAUUGAACUGCUUAGCGAUUGGGAGAGCUGGCCUUUAAUGUAUGUGAUAUACUGUAUUUAACUGUCUUUUCAAUGUUUAAAUGGUUGGAGAAUUUCAA